AUGUCGGCCCAACGGUUUUAUCUCCUCGGAGAACCAGAGUCCUCCGCGAAGUACAUCGACCUCGAUGGAUCAUUGGAUCUCGACAGCCUGAAAAACUUGAUCGCUGCGAAUUUUGCCAUAGUUGAACCGAAUGGAAUCGGGUUUCAAACUCAGGAUAUUUGCCUCUCAGAUGCGUCCGAAGUCAUCGCUUCAGAGGGUCCUGUAGCCAUCACGAUUGAUGGCCAUGCCGUGCGCGAACCUGCAGGUCCUCCAGGAUUGCCUAUCGUGGGUACCUACUUCCAGGUGUUUCCCGACCACCUUGGGAACCACCAGCGUCUGUUCGAACAGUAUGGUCCCAUCAUCAAAACCACCAACCUGGGCCGCACGACAUACCAAACCAACGAUCCUCAGAUCUCUGCAAUUGUGUUGGCCGAGUCCGACUUCUUCUCGAAGAAGAUCAACGAGGCCCAUCCGCUGCACGCCCUGAAAACACCGUCUGCCGGUAUCUUUUUGGGCGACACGGAGACUGCGGAAUGGAAGGUAACUCACAAGUUCUUGCCUCCUGCUCUGGGUCCGAAGGCUGUCCGCCACUAUGCUCCAACCAUGCAGAAGACGGUGGAGGAUGCCUACAAGGUCUUCGAUGCCCUUGAUGAACAGGAGGAGGCCUGGAACGUCUAUCAGUAUAUGCUCAAACUUGGCUCCCAGGCGGUUGGAAAGCUCACUCUUGGAUUGGAUUUCCAACACUUCACUUCGCCGGAUACGCCUUUACACGAGAUGGUGCACUUGAUCGCCGAGGUGCUCUCCCUCAACAAGAAAGUUACAUCGAAGGGCGACUGGUAUGGCAGACUGCCUUUCGGCGACCCACAGAGAUUGAGGAAUUGUAAGGCCCGGAUUGAGCAGAUGGUGGAUGAGUCUAUCCGCAAGGCCGAACGAGGUGGUGUUGAAGAUCUACCUCUGCAGGACGCGGCAUUGCGGGCGUCAAACAUGGUCGACUACGCAGUCCGUGCUACCGAUAACAAGGGUGAGAAACUUCCCAAGACAAGCCUGGUCUGGUCGCUUGUCGUCGCGACAGCUGCUGGAUUUACAACAACCAGCUCACUACUCUCAUGGCUGAUCUACGGCUUGGUCACCUACCCGGGGGUGCAGGACAGGCUGCUUCAGGAACUGAUCGACAACGGCUUCAACGAAGACACGGAGAUCACAGCGGACUUUACAGAAAAGUUAACCUUUCUCGAUAAAUAUAUCAAGGAGACCCAGCGUCGACACAAUCCCUCGUUCCAGCCGGGACGAACCGCCAAAGUCGACCUCGUCCUACCGGGGGGCUACAAACUGCCCAAGGACGCAGUGGUGAUUCCAGCUCUGCAUCAUAUCCAUAACAAUCCCGACAUCUGGGACAACCCUAAUCGCUUCAACCCGGACCGGUGGGACACAGAGGAAGUGAAGAACAGACACAAGGCUGCUUACAUCCCCUUUGCCAUUGGGCCACGCAUGUGUAUCGGGUUCAAUUUCGCGCUGCAGGAAAUCAAGGUCUUCCUUCCCAAGCUGGUCUAUCGUUACAAGUUUUCCAGGGAAGGAGACGGACCGAUCGAAUAUGACCCCAUGUUCCAGCUUAUUCGGCCUAACAAUCUGUAUGUGAGGGCAGAAAGGAGAGUGAAGUGGCCGCCCAAGACGAGUGAUACUGUUGCAAACAAGGCUGCCUAGGAGAUUUAUUGAUCAGGAGAGCUGUUUUGUUUAUUUCUUUGGAUUAUCUUUUCCCAUUUGUGUUUAGACUAGACUGUACAGACAUACAAUAGACAGGAAUAAAGGGCAAUGCAAGUUACCAACUAAU